GCGGCCUUCACAGAUCAAGCGAUUACAAGAAUCAGUGAAGCACAUGAUAGCAAGAUGGUGGUGAAUCAGAAGACUCCGUCACAGCAUAAUUCCACGCUAUACAUAUCACCGCUUAUAAACAAUCGAAGACAAGAUGUGUUUAUAACCCCUCCUAAUCCGGCACCAAAUUUAUUUCAUACACCAGGAUCAGAUACUUCAUCAUUCUAUAAUUUAGAUAGAACAAGUGCUAAUAACCAGUCAACACAUAAUGCGAGUAACUAUCCAAGCGAACCAUUGACUAGAGCAGAGAAAUUGAGACUAUGGAGACACGAUGCGUUGAUGCAGCAUCAUUAUAAGAAUGCAGAAUAUAUUGGGGAUAAAGUACUUUCAUUAACGAAUGAUCCAAAUGAUGCGUUUUGGUUAGGGCAAGUUUACUUUAAUAGCGGGAACUAUUUGAGGGCCAAGCAGUUACUAACCAGUAAACCUGAAUAUGAAAAAUCCGUUAGUUGUAGAUAUUUAGCUGCUUAUUCAUUAAUUAAAUUAGAAUUAUGGGAUGAUGCGCUUGAUUUGAUUGGAGAAACAAAUCCAUUUCAUAAAGAUGACAAUUACCAAGUUAGAAAUGCAGAUGGUGGAAUAAAGUUAGAAGCAUCAAUGUGUUAUUUAAGAGGUUUAAUUUAUGCUAAUCAAAAUAACUUUGAAAAGGCCAAAGAAUCAUAUAAAGAAGCAGUUUUAGUUGAUGUUAAAUGUUUUGAGGCAUUUAAUGAGUUAAUUUCCAAUGAUUUUAUGACACCAAGUGAAGAAUGGGAAUUCAUAACUACUUUGAAUUAUAGAGAUGCUGAUGAUAAUGAUGAGUUAAUUAAAUUACUUUAUACCUCUCGAUUAAGUAAGUAUUUGAAUAUUCUGAAAUUUGAAGAAGCAGAGAGUAUAUUAAAGGAAGAAUAUAGAUUGGGAGAGAAUAGUGAUAUACUCCUUAGUCGAGCUGAUUUUCUUUAUAUUCAAUGUAAUUUUGAUGAAUGCUUAACGAUCUGUGAAAAGAUAUUAAGUAAAGAUCAAUAUAAUUUUAAUUUGAUGCCCAAUUACCUAAGUUGUCUUUAUGAAUUAGGAGGUAAAAAUAAAUUGUUUUUGAAAGCACACCAAUUAGCAGAAAAUCAUCCAACAAAUCCAAUGACAUGGUUGGCAAUUGGAAUCUAUUAUUUAUCAAUUAAUAAAGUAAUUGAAGCAAGAAAAUUUUUCAGUAAAGCAACAUUAUUAAAUCCAAAUUUUGGACAAGCAUGGAUUGGCUUUGCUCAUACAUUUGCAGCAGAGGGAGAACACGAACAAGCUAUCAGUGCCUAUGCAUUUGCAACUAGAUUAUUCCCCGGAACUCAUUUGCCAAAUUUAUUUUUAGGAAUGCAACAUUUACAAAUGAAUAAUUUAAAUUUGGCAGAAGAAUAUUUAUUAGCAUCCUACCAAAUAUGUAAUUCCGAUCCUUUGUUACUAAAUGAAUUGGGAGUGAUUUAUUUCCAUAAGGAAUCAUUAAUGAAGGCAGAAAUGUUCUUCCAAGAAGCAUUAGGAGCAGCCAAAUAUUUAAAUUCCGAUCUGAAAACUUGGAUAUCAAUCCACGCAAACUUGGGACAUGUUUAUAGAAGAGGUAAUCAAUUAUACCGAGCAUUAGAAUGCUUUAAUCAAGUUUUAAAAAUAAGUCAUAAAAAUGAUUCAAACAUUUUAUCAGCAACUGGGUUAAUUUACCUUAAAUUAGGUAAUUUUUUCAAAGCCAUUGAUAUUUUACAUGAUGCUCUUGCAAUAAGUCCAAACGAUUCCGUGGCAUCGGAUCUCUUGAAAAGAGCACUCGAAGCAAAUAAAGACAAGAAUGAAAUAUUCAUGAAAUCAAUCGAAUCCCAAGAAUUAAACUUACCUACUCUACAAUACAGAAAACAUAAAUCCAAUAAUAUACUGGAACCCUUGGAGCAGGAAGAACAACCAAUCCUCAAUUCCUCCUUCAUUGCAAACUCCGACGAAGUGUCCACCUUAGCAAACGAACUAAAACGCGGUGAAGAAACAAGCGAUGACGACGAUGGCGAAAUCAUGGAUAUCGAAAGCGAUUAGCAGUAUUCGCGUAUAUAUCUAUAUAUUUAUCUUUUUUUUUUCUUCUCUGUAUUGAUGCAUAACCUUAAAUAACCGUAAAUGUUCGAAUUGAAAACAAACAUCCCGUUUCCUGUUGAUGUUAAACGGUGAAUGUUGGUUUCGAUUGCAGCGUGAUUUAGUUUUGUUUUAGUCUUACAGAUCCUAUUUUGGAUUUUAACCAGGUACCGUCACCGAAAGAGAAAAAUCUAUUUGUUGAUACUAUUCAAUAAUGGUCGUUAUGUGGUGCGAUUUUCCACGCUGUUCGGUGCCCCUGUUUGGUUAUCGACCAAUUCAGUCAUUGUAUUAUUACAUUCUGUCUCCUCGUCAAAAUAUUUAAGCUAUUUCAAGUAUAAAUAAUAUACGGUUCCUUCUUCUCUAUACUCAAUUUUUU